AUGGCAAUGUUCGUGGCCACGAUCGAGGCUCUUGCGCGAGAGCACGUUGCCCUGUUAGACGCAGUUCGUGGCAGACGUGCUCGCGGAGAACAACGCGAGACUAUUCAACUGCCUAGAGUGGUUGAGCUGUCGACGGAGUCUGAGGACUCAAGCUCUGAUGAAGAUGACACGGAGAUGCAGGAUUCGGACGCCGAUAACAGAGACCAAGCCGAUGCAACCGAAGACGCUGAAAGUGUAGUCACCUCGUCAGUUGUCGGAACGUGGUAUGAGAUACGAGGAACUGAUAAUGCGGUCUGA